AUGGAAGCCACCAAGAAGGUGGGGGGCCCUGAUCCAUCGGGCCCCCAAGCCCACCCCUCGGCCAGCAGCCAGCAGUUGGGGGGUAGCCUCAGAGGGUCCCAGGGACCAUGGAUAAACCCAGGAUCCUUAUGCUUCAAGCAGGGGUUAUCACUGCCCACUGAGACCAUCUCUGAUGGGGCCUGUGGCCCAACCCCUAGCCCUACUCAACAGCUGCUCCGGGACCCUGCUGAGGUUAAUUCCCAGUGUGGUUGUGAGCAGGUCUCCCAGCACUCCCUGAGGCACUCCAAUAGCCUGUUUCCAAGCCCCAUCGUGGGAGCCCAUACGCAUCUCAUCACGGAGAGCGAGAACAUGGCCCUACCCAUGUGCACGCGCAGUGACAGCAACAGUGACACAGCCCAGCUUGGAUCCUGCCGCUCCCGCUUUCAGGUGCAUCUUGGGAGGCAGAGCAAGGUUCCCGCUAAGGUCCUGGUGGGCUGGGGCAAAGGCCCCUGCAGCACUGAAGAGAUAGUCCCCUUGGGCACCAGGAAGAGCCGGUGGCUACCCUAUAUCCUUUCAGAGGAGAAUGACUCAACUGCAGCCCAAACUACUCUUCCAGCUCCAGCCCAAGAUCAGGACCAGGGCAAGUGCUCAUGUUUGGCUCAGGCUCCUCCAACUCCAACUCAGGCAAAUACUCCAGCCCUGCCUGCACUCCCACUGCCAGCAGCAGUCGAUACUUACAACUGUAGCCCUGACCACCUGGCUGAAUCCAUUACCAUCACCAAAGCAUCAAAUUCCCAAGACCUACUACUCAGGAAGUAUGAUGACCAGUGGUCAAUCCUCCUGGAGCCUUCUAAAGUGGUCAUACCAUGCCAGAACAAAGUGAAUUUCUGUUCUCAGGAGGAGCCUCCUACUCCACAGUCCACUCUAGCAGAGGGCCCAGACCAUGUCAAGGAUUUCGACGCUGCCAGAAGUCAGGUGCUACCCAUGCAGCCUGAGAACCCAGCGGAGAAGGCCCUGACCUGCACCUCCAGGCCAGCUAGCCCACCACCAGUCUCAGUACCUCCAGGCACCCCUGAGCCCCAGAGGAGUAGCCUGGAGAUCUGUAUCUCUCAGCCAGACCAGAAGCCCUUCAGUGUUUGCAACAACGCCUGCUCCAGUGUGCCUGCCCACCAAGUAACCUGCUGUAAGCAGUCCUCAGUCCAGGUUCCCAAGGAAGCCAUGCAGGUCCCUCUGUCCAGUGCCCCUACCUGCCAGCGUCAGGAUGCUGUGGAAGACCGUGUGCUGGUGUUUGAUAUGGCUACGGGCAAUACCAGGAUGGGGCUGUUAUGCCAUGACCCUAUGGGCUCACGGGCAGUGCUGGUGGGCCUUAUGCCCAGCCACGCACCCAUCAAUGUCCCAGAAAAUAUGUCUACCCCGCCAAUGGUCAUGCCCAUCCUAUCCCCUAACAAUGAUCACUCCAGCCUAUGGUCCACCUCACCCAUAAUCUCCAGUCCUGUGCCUUCCAGCCUCUCAUCUGGCAGCUACCGAGAAGUGUCCCUGGCUCCAAAGGAGGCCAGGCUCAACCUGGAGUCACAGGAUUCUCUUGGUAUUGAGACACCCAUCAGGAUUGGGAUGCUCGCUGGGCCUGUCCCACUGGGAAUGCCCCUCCAGUUUGGUGAGGGGAUACGGUGCCAAGUCCAUGAUCCUGGCUGGCCUAAACCUGAUGCUGAAAACACUGAACCUGGUCACACCAUCCAGCUUCUGGAUGCAUCCAGAAUGCAGGAUGCUUCCAUGAUUGAGGCCAAGAAACUUCAGGGCAUGAGCUCAAAGCAGACUCUAGAGCCUGCUGUACCACUUACAGCCCAGGAGGCACCCAAAUCCCUGUUCCAGGAGGAUGUUGGCAGCCACAGCUGGAAAAAGGUCAUGACGGCUCACCCUAACAAUCCUCAUGCUAAAGGUGCUGAACCGCCCCACCACUGUUGCCUUCCAUCACUGGCUGAACAGCACCCUCUUACAGGGAAGACUCCCAUUGCCAGGCAGCCCCCUCCCAAAGAUCAACCCCCCUCUUCUGAACAGCCCCCUCCCUCCAAGCAGUGCCUCCUUCCUGAUUGUCCCCAUCUCACAGGGACGCCUCUUGCCAGGAAGCUUUCUCUCACUGGGCAGAUUCCCUUCUCCCAAGAAUCCCCCAUCACCAAAGAGCCCGCCCUCUUAAGGGAGCCGAUCCAGGCCUCUACUCUGUGCCAGGAAGGUGAGUCUGUGGGCCGACCUACCAAUGUGGGGAUACUUCGGGUGCCCCUAGCUCCUGAGGACACUUGUGUCUGUGUCAGCAGAGGGACGGUAGGCCACAGAGAUAUUCAAAGCUCCAAUACACAUCAGCUCCCGUGGCAACCUACCAAUUCCCCCAGGGCCCAGGAGGAUCAGAUGUCCCUGAUCACCUUCACCACACCUGGCCCUGGCUGCAAGGUCUUGCCCAUGGCUAUGGUGGACACUGAGCCCCAGAGUGCCCGGUUCAAGCUAAAAGCUGAGGACAUACCAAACUCAUCAGUGGUCGCACAACUUGGCCUGCUCCGCGGAGCCUGCUAUGAACUGGUACCUCCCACAGAUGUUCUGCCAGUGCAGUCCCCAGUGCUCUGUCGCCAUUCACUGGGUCCUUAUCAGGACAUGAAAGCUGUGGUGAUAGACACAGGCACAGGCUUCACCAAAUGUGGACUGGCUGGAGAGGACCAUGUCCUCAGUGUAGUCCCUUCACGUGUCCAGUUGCUGCAGCACCCGGUCCAGGGCCAGCCCCGCUAUGCUGUGCCUGAGAACCGCGACGGCUCCCACUCCAUCUUGAAUCGAGGAGUGGUGUCCGACUGGGACGCCCUGGAGGUGCUGUGGCAGCACCUGUUCUACUGCAGGCUCCGAGUGCAGCCGGAGGAGCUGGCUGUGCUGGUGGCCGACUCUCCCAUCUCACCGCGCACCAACCGGGAGAAGGUGGCGGAAAUACUUUUUGAGCGUUUCCAUGUGCCCGCCAUGCAGACAGUCCAUCAAGCCCUAUUGGCCCUCUACGCGUAUGGGCGCACCACUGGGCUGGUACUGGGCAGUGGCUAUGGCACUUCCUACGUGGCCCCCAUCCUCACUGGGGAUCUCGCCCCACUUGACACGUUUCGGCUGGAUGUGGCUGGUAGUGACCUCACUGAAUACUUGUCUCAGCUGUUGCUGGCAAGCGGCCACUCUCCGCCGAAGGCAGGGAUGGUCAACCAGAUUAAAGAAGCCUGCUGUUAUGUAGCCAUGGAUAUGGCGGCAGAGAUGGCUCGCACCCAGACCAUGGCCCGGGUAGAGUUUGUGCUUCCAGACAAGCAGGUCAUCACCUUGGGCUCUGAGCGCUUCUGUUGCCCUGAGGCUCUCUUCCAACCCAGUCUGCUAGGACUCAACCAGCCUGGCCUCCCACAACUAGCCCUCCUAAGCAUUAGCCGACUUGAGGCCAAGCAGCAGGAGCAGCUGCUGGCCAAUGUAGUGCUGGAGGGGGGCAGCACUUUGGUGAGCGGCUUUCCUGAGCGCCUGAGACUGGAGUUGGGGCCCCGUGCCACUGUGCUGGGCUCUCCUCACCGCGCAGUUGCUGCUUGGCUCGGAGGCUCCAUCAUGGCAUCCCGGGACUCAUUCCAGAACCUGUGGCUGAGCCGCCGUGAGUACGAGGAGGAGGGCCCAUGGGCCAUCUACAAGUAUCAACUAUGA